AUGGAAGUAAAGUAUACUGUUGUGGACACAGAGUCGCGGCCAGUAAUAUUUGGUUUCGAGAACUCGAUUCCAUGCAAGGAGGAACUCGUUGGUGCGUCCUACGGUAUAUUCGAGUCUACGGAAGAUAAAGACCAGCUCGCCUUGAAAAUAAAAGGAGAUCGUCUAACCUUGAUUGGAAAGGGUCCUAAGAACUCAAAGACUGAAAAACUUUACAUUGGAGUUUUCAACCCCAAAAAAGAAGAAGUGAAAAUGGUGCAGACUACGAGUUUGCUUCCCGUCAUUCAGCAUGUCGAUGGAUUUGAGCCCACUGAAAUCGAGUCUGAGAACAUGUCUGGCCUUUCUUCUCGGGAUCAGUACUUUAUACGCCGUAAGCAGCUUGUGGGUACUUUCGGAAACAAGAAGAGUAAGCAAAUUCUAAAGCAAUCAGAAAGUGCCGUGAUUGAAGCCGGUACCGUGAUUGGAGGAAAGACAAUGGAAACCAUUUUGAAGAUGAAGGCAGAAAACGUGGAUAUGAAGAACGUUAUCAUGAAGAAGCCGAAGAAGAGUUCUGCUGCUGCUAAGAAUGCACAGGAAAAGAAGGAAACAAAUGCGAAGAAGAGUAAAGAGUAGUGAUUUAGAAUGUUACAG